CAAGGGAGAAGGAUUGUGUGUUCGUACCGUGUUGAACCCUCCGCCAUCCAUCCACACACACAUCCUGUUGCGAAUCGGUCGGUCUCGGUCGCUGCACGGGGUGAAAAUUCUCACAUUUAUUUGCCCGCGAACUUAUUUACGGAAAUGUAACACCUUGCCGUGUGCGAAUAAGAACCACCUACGAAUAGUGGUGCUCUACACCUACAGCUUCGCGUCAAUAGUUUCGCGAACGGUGCGUGCGUGCGUGCAAGUGUGUAUAUGCGUGCCAGAGUACGCACUGUGUGUGUGUGUCAGUGUGCGUGUUUUUUUAAGCGAACCACAAGGCAACCAAAGGAAGACUGCGCGCCAUCUGGUCUCUCUUCAAACGAAAUGCUGCCGGAUGCGGUUUAACGUUCCCCUGUCCGGUACUGUCGGGAAGAGGCAAAACAACAAGCGAAAGAACUCCUGCCGGAGUGUGGUGGAUUCCCGCAAAGAAACGCGGCAUCCGGCGCAGAAGGCUCAUCAGCGUGUACCGGCGCGUGGAGGGGGUCACAGAAAAUAUGAACUGGCUGUCGUCGUCGCCACCGUCAACAUCCCGUGACCAGCAGCAGCAACAUCGUCGUCACAAGCGGCCACUACUAAUUCGCUGCUCAUCGAUCAACCAAAGGCGGCGAAGUUUGCCGCCUAUCAGCUGCACAGUUUCAGCUAACAAAACGCAACAACCGCAACAGCAGCAGCAGCAGCAGUUGCAGUGCCGGCACAGCGAAGUGUGGUGAAAAGUGAAUGACAAAAAUAAAUAGCAAGUAAAGCAUUCGAUAGUAAGUGAGAAAAAGAGAGAAGGUGCGUUGUGAGGAAAGUGUGUGAAACAAACGAAUAUAUCCACAGCACGCGGCCGAGUGCAUCCUUGACAAAGUAGGUCUCUGUGUGUAGUUGCAUCCGAGCAAGCAGAAGGCAGCAGCAGCAGCUGCCUGUGUGUUUUUGUUUUUUUCCCUUCUUCUCUCUACUAUUGCAUCUUCGGUCGGUUUGUCCGCGUGUGGUGACAGCAGAAAGAAAAAAUCGAUCUAAACCGACCAAAGAAAACAAAAAAAAAAGGAAUCGUGCGUGCUGUAGCGAGGGCGUUGCGUGAGGGCAAACCAACGCGGUGCGUGUGCGUUUUUACCGUACAGCGGCAAGCACUGGUCACAUUAUCACCUUUAAAACGGCAUCACCAAAGCAACCCCCACCAUCAUGUUCACAGUAGGCGGCGAAGAGAACCAUGCCAGAAGCUGGAUAAGUAGAGGCAGCAACAUCAGCAGACAGCACCGGUGGACAGCGCGACUCCUAGCGCUGGUCCUGCUCGUUCUGCUGCAGCUGGAAUCGCAGGUGCACUUUCAAACGGUUGCAGCCACACCGGAAGGUACAGCCUCUUCCGCCACCACCGGAUCCACAUCCUCUCACAGCGCCUCCACACAGUCGGCGACACAGACCGGUUCGGCGUCAGCCGCCUCCUCGACGCUGAUCGAUGGUAUCAUACUGGACGAGGACGGUGUGCUGCUCGGUGCGGGCCAGCAAACGCUCAGCGAGGAAGCGGCCACACAUCUGUUCUUUCUUCCUGCACAGCUAAACUUCGCCCACCGGUCCAUCGGUGACCCGCACAACCAGCUGAUAGUGUUGUUCAAUCGGCACAAAAACCGUAGCGUCUAUCUCGGUUCCAUCUCUGGCAGUACGGCCGAAUUUUCCAGCUCGUACUUCAAGGAGAAGGUCAUCCCGCCCGGCGGCAAUACCAGCUUCAAUGUGGUGUUUCUGCCCCGGAAGCUUGGGGCCGCGGAUGGUUCGCUGCUGGUACACACAUCCUUCGGUAUGCUCCGGUAUCCGGUGCAGGGCGAAGGCAUCGAAUGUCCGUACCGGUUGCGACCGCUCGUCGGUUUGCAGGCACCGCUCAAUGCGACCCUCUCGCCGGAAAUUACGCUGUACAACCCGCACGACACACCGCUCCAGAUUGUGGAGGUGUACAGCAGUGGGGGGAACUUUCAGCUGGAGCUACCGAGCGGUGGCCAGGAGGGCCCACAGACACUGUGGGAAAUACCGCCCCACAGUACGCGCACCGUGAUAAGGGUGCGGUUUCAUGGGCGCACCCCCGGCAACCAUAUCGCGUACGUCCGGAUCAAGAUCUCAGGCGGUGCGGCCAAUCCGUCGCUCGUCGACAAGAUGCUGGUCGUGCCGAUCGAGGUAGAAAUCACGAAGGAGACGGGCCUGUACUCGCGCAUACCAUUUCUCGAGCUCGGCAUUGCCUCGUCCCAGUCGGAGGUGGUGAGCACGGCGGCCCGACACACUACGAUGGCGGCAUCGGCCUUGGCCGCACCGGUGGACGAUAGCGAGUUUGGGCUGAGCGUACGGAGCGGGCGUAACGUGACGCGGCUCAGCCUGGAUCUGUACAACUCCGGCAGUCAGUCCGUGCGGGUGAAGAGUUGGCUCGUGCAGACCGACGAUCUGGAAUCGGUCCACUGUAUGCAGGUGCUGGUCGCGGACGGGCCUACGUUACACGUGGAGUUUGAUUGGUCAAAGUUGACGAGCGAACGGCGGCACAUUAGCGGGCGUAUACUGCUCAAACUCGAACGAAUACUGUCCUCGUCGGAGGGAGGAGAGCAAGCGAUGGGGGACGAGGAAGAGGUAGAAGAGGACGGUGAGCAACAGGAAGAGCUGCACAGUCAGGAGGAAACGGCCGGGACCGGAACCGGCGAAAGUGCACGGAACGGGGACGAGUAUGAGCGGGUGGUUUUACGUAUGAACGAGUACGACGGAUCGGCUGCUACCACGGAGGAAGCAGCAGCGGACGGUGGAUCCGAACGGUCGGCGAAGGUUAUGCCGAGCGUCUACUACAUACCGUUCGCUGGCGAGGUGCUUAAGGGCAGCAUCCAGUAUAAUGAGGAAGCGUUGCGAUUUCUGCUACCGACGCACGAUCAAGCAUCGCCGGAGGUUAGGGAGGACGAGGAGUCAGCGAGCCGGGACGGUGGUCGGGGCCGGGAACUGGUCGUCCGGAAUCACUUCAACGUGCCAUUGUCCAUCACGAACAUUAGCGUACCUGAGAACUGUUCGCGAUAUUUCGCGAUCGAACACUUCCGGCCGAUCGUGCUGCAGCCGAACGACGAGCGGACGCUGCUGCGCAUCCACCGGAAGGUUACCGAUACGGUGUGGGCCGACCCACGGCAACCGUACACGAUUUUCACAUCAUUUCGGCUCGUGACCAACAUUAGCGAGUACGAGCUGCCCGUGCUGGGGUACAGUGGACGGUUGGAGCGGCUCCUCUCGCCAACGGUGCGGGACGCAUCGUUACUAACACCGACGGGACUCGUACAGCCGCAGCACGAAGCGGCUAGGAAGGGUGGUACCGGCGGGAUGGAAGGUGAAGUGCAGGAGCUUGACUUUGGUGUGCUGCCGAUCGCAACGAUCGGUGAGGCGCUGGUCGCAUUUCGCAACCGCAAUCCCAUCCCCAUCCCGAUCAUACACUGGAAGGGAGCGAUCACGUCGGACGGUGCAGUUGGUGCGCCCACCAUCACGGUCAUCCUGCGGGGUUGUGGGCCGCUCCGGUUGGAUGGGUUGGUGUUCUGCCACACGGUACAACCGGGCGAAUGGAUCGUGUACCAGAUCAGCGUGCAGAGUGGCACAAUUGACAGUUACCAGGGUCGGUUCACGGUCAAGACGGACUACGAGGAGAUCGUGACGCCGCUACGGUUUACCACGGCCGUUGGCGAGUUGCACCUGAUGCGUGAGCGGUUACGCUUUGACGAUUGUUUUCCGGGGAAGCUAUGCUCGCUGUCACUGUUGGCCGCCUCCAGCUUUCCGACCAAGAUUCAGAUCGAAAGUAUUCGUACGGAUGUGCCCGGGCUAAGCUACGAGUUCCUGUCAGCGGACAAGCAGCGGCCGCUUGCACCGAAUCAACCGGUCGUGCUGUACCCGGACACGGUCACCAGCAUCGGUCGGUUGACGCUCGACCCGAAGGCCCACUGUGGCCCGGUAGCAGACUGUUACAGCAGCUUCGAUCUGCUGUCGAAACCGUUCGGCGUCAAGUGGAUGGCAACGCUCGACUGUUACGAGCAGUACCGGCGGCUGGACAGUGACAAACUGUUGCAACAGCUGCAGCGCUAUGCGGAGAUGAGACAGCGGCUCACGAGCGUACACUUUCAGGUGCUGGCCGAAUCAAGCCGGCGGUUCGAUUUUAACGCAAGCGUCGAUCUGGUGUGGCCUAAGCUGCUGGACGAGAAUGUGUUCUUUCCGACGUUGCAGGUAGAGCAGGAAGCGGUCCGGUUGAUAACGAUCAACAAUCCAUCGGAUCAGAUACUGUUCGUGCAUCUGGUACUGCACGAUGUGGCGAUCCAUGGACGGCAGCCGAUAGUGGACGGUGGCGGUGGUGGUGGUGUUGGUAGCGGCAUCAACUUACCUCCCGAGGUGUUAACCGCCUGUGACAACUGUAGCCUAAGCGAGGAGAGCGUAUUUUCCUUCUUCCUGUUCGACAGUGACGACAUAUACGUCAACUACGUGAAACCACAAUCGUUUCUGCGGAUCGCGAUCAAGUUUAGUGCCCAGCUGCCCGGCACCUACUCGACCGUGCUGUACAUGCGCAACAAUCUGACGCUAAUUGAUGCCGCCUGGAUACAGGCGCGGGCCGUUGUUCCACUCUUCAAAUUUGGCAAUCGGCGACCCGGCUCGCCGACGGCGCUCCAGUUUGAAAUCACCGAAAAACAUGCGCAACCGUGCUACGAUCGGUUUUAUCGGAAGCUACGGUCGGAGGGUCGGUUCAAGAAAUAUUACAUCGAUGCCCAGGGCCAAAAGCACGAUGUAACGCAGGACGAACCGGUGAGCGGUGGCGAUGAAGAGAAGAAGGAAUUUGUUGUGGAAACGAGACGGACGUUUACGGCGCGCAAUUAUGGCGAGGUGCCGAUCCUAAUAUCCGGCAUCCGGAUCGAGGAAACACCGUGCGAAGGUUUCGGCUUCAAGGUGCUGGAUUGCACGCCGUUCGAACUGGCGCCGAACGCGAGCCGUAAGAUCGAAAUCGCAUUCGCGCCCGAUUUCACGCUCUCGCGCGUCAUGCGCGUACUACACUUCGACACGAACAUUAACCACUUUUCCGUCAACUUUACACUGCUGGGAACGGUACCGAUGCAUCGGUUAGAUGUGUGCAACCGGGUGCUACCGCGACCGUGGUUCGAGUACUGGUUCCGGGCCGUCCUUUUCGUGAUAUUGCCAACCGUCCUGUUCGGCACGCUGGCCGCCGCCGUACUCGACUCGAACCGUGUACUUCGGGUCCAUUUUUUGAGCCUCGUGCGCGAGAAAGGUCCGCUGCAGCCGCCGCUUGAUCUGCGACAGAUUGCGCUACAACAUUCAAACGCAGCGGGCGAUGGAACGAGUGGAAAGGAAUCGACCACUGCUGGCAAAGAUGGACGGGCAGGCGGCGGAUCGACAAACGGUCAUCAAAACGGUAGCGUACUAAAUUCGUCCUCGUCGGUGGUAUCGCGUCACAGCCACCGUAAACCGGAUCGUAAAAAUGGAACCCACACGAAGGGAAGCGGUGGGAUGGGAACGGGACUUCAGAACGGAAGUGCCAGCAGUGGUGCAUCCUCGGGGGAAAGUACGUCCAGCCGAUUCAAUCGUAGCUGGACGGAUUUCACGACAAAGCUUGGCGCAACAACUAAACCCAUCCUUGCGGUUUCUACCACAUCCUUAACUUCUUCGCUACUGGAUGCGGGUGGUCGUGCUUUACAGGCAUCCCUUUCCAAGAGCCGCCGUUCGAUUACUCCAUCGAAAGAGCAACAACAGUCAUCGAUCGGGAUGGAUGUGCUGCCCAACUCCGCUGGAAGCAGCAGCAGCAAUAGCAGCAAUUCUGGAGCAACCAAAGACAGAACGAAAUCCCCAUCGUCCAUAUCCGAAACGGAAAGCAAAUGCGCCAAGAAUGGACCGUUCGGUGUGAAAACGGCACCGAGCAGCGCUUCAACCAGUGACUUAACCGGUGUGCUUGAAUCAAAUUCAACCACCAGCAAGCAACAUCACCAUACGAGCUCCUGUUCGUCGUCCUCCCUGUCGUCAUCGUCCUCGGCGUCCUCCUCAUCGUCGGUAGCAGCAACGGAAGAACCAACCGCCGAAGAUCGGCACAUUUCAUCCACAGUUUCGCUGUCCCUUUCCUCGCCUUCCUCAUCUUCCUCGUCAUCAUCCUCGGCAUCAUCGUCGUCGUCAUCGUCCGCGUCAACGACAUCUUCGUCGUCUUCGUCACCAUCACCGACGUCGAAGCAACAGCACCAUCAUCAUCAUCAUCAGCCGCAGCAUACUCAUCAAUCAAAACAACAGUCUGCAACAACAACAGCAACCACCAAAACGAACGUAAAGAAAACGAAAAGCCUUCCGGUUAGUUACGAAUCGGUGGUCGUCUCGUUGGCAUCGGUAUUUGCCGCCACGAGCACACUGUCGCGAACGGGAACCACCACCACAACCUAUACUAGUCAGAAACCCACGGCAGAAGUAACUACGUCGACGGUGGUCACAUCGGCCACCGUAGCAACACCCGCUACGAAGGAUGUGGUACCAUCGGUGCAGAUAUCGACGAAGGAAAUUCCAAGCAAACUACGCACCGGACCAUCAAUCGGUGCGAACGGGAAGCAACUGGUGGGCGUAUCGAACGGAACAGGAACGACAAAAGCAGCGGUGGUAGCUUCAAACAACAAGCAGCAAGAAUCAUCUGUGACCAGUGUGAAGCCGGGCGGUGACAAAACCAACCCUUUCAGCGGUGCAACCGGAUCAACUGAUAGUGGUGGAAAGGAAAAUAGUUCCAGUGGUAAUAUCAUAAGCCAGGAAAAGCUUACCAGCGGAAACGGAAAUGCACAGGUGGAAUCAUCACUACAACAUCAGCAUCAGCAGCAACUGUCGCAAACGAAAAAGUUUAGCAAAACACCCGGCCGUGAACGGAAGCCCAACCAAAGCAAGAAAGGCACGAAUGUUAAGGGAGCAUCGGCGGGCGGUGCGCAGCAUUACAAGGGCACGGCACUACAGUUCAAUACACCCGCGCAGCAACAGCACAAAUCUACCACGCUUGGUACAAUUCUGCAGAACGCAUCCGUACCGGUACCGUCGUCGAAUGCUGCUGCUGCUACGGUUUGGGGUGAGAACUGUGCCCGCUUUAGCGAUGUUGUUGCACAAACGCCGGCCACAUCGACAAAGCUCGGUGCGAAACAAUCCACGGUCAGUUCGAUCUUGCUGAGCAUGGAAUCAUUACCCUGGCUGGCUGGAGUUUCCGGCAGUGUUUCGAGCAAUCAAACCGUUGACAAAACAACCAAUCAUGUACGUUCACAUGCAAGUAAUGCGUACGGCACGGCGACAGGAUCCUCCGCAGGAAGUACACAAAACUAUCGCAAGCCGCUACAUUCACUGCAGGAUCUUCCCAACAACGGUCCGUCCUCCGGUACGAUCGCGUCGAAUCGCACCGAGCAAAAAUCGAAAGACGAUAGCUAUAUUGGGGGAACGCUCGAAAAGGAAUGUUCGGCACCGUUUGUAGUAACCAGUGCGUCACCAGAUCUUGGACCGAUUGGUACGUCGAAAAAAUCACCCACCGGUGGACACAAUGCCGAUGGUGAGGAAGAAGAAUGCGAUGGAAUGAUCGGCCAUAUGAUGGGUGGUAGAGCUGGGGCAAAUAUCGCUAAAUGUUGGGAACCAUUUGGAGGACACGUUAUACACAAUCCGACACAGCUGACGGCGGGUUCGAGCAGUGAUUCCGCCGCCCCCAUUAGCAAGACGAUGAAUGGCGGACAACAGUCGGACAGUUUCUUUUCCCAAUCGUUUGCCGAUUUCCCUCACCGGCAGAAUGAUCAGUACCGUGGCAUUGCUUCGAUGGCGGGUGGAUCGAAUGGAACGAUGAAUGGUAUCACUACAUCGUCGCUACUGUCAAUCGCUGGCCACGGUUAUGCGGAUCACUCGACCGGGCUGUCUAAUGGUGGUAACAAUCAACAAACAGAUACGACCGGCGCGGGUUCCGUUGAGAAUGAUUUUCUGGAUGCGCAUCGUGCAUCGUUUCACACGUCCGGAGGACAGCAGCACCAGCAACAGCCACACAAUCACCACGAUUGGAACAGCACGAUGGAGGCACAUCUGCAGUGGCCCAUGUCCGCGCACAAACCGUUGGCUUCACAGUCGGGCGGGUUGAACCAAAACUGGCGCUCGGGAGAUCUGUGGAACAGUCUGAACGCGCAACAUCAGUAUCAGCAGCAUCAUCAGCACCAGCAACAGCAACAGCAACGGCAAAUGGCUUACGAAUCGGUACUACACUUUCAUUCACAGUUAGCAAUGGCCGCUGCGGGUGCGAACCAGCUGCCAGGGAAUCAUCCUCUCCAGCACCAGCAGCAGGCGGUAUCGGAUGUUCGGCUUGGCCAUCGUACAUCAGCGAAUUUGAACGAUGCGUGGCUCGGUACGGCAAUGUCUUCGGGCCAAACAACUGUCGCUCCACCGCCCGGCUUUUCUAACCAUUUGCCAUCGGCUGGAUCACAUACGAGCAUGAGCGGUUUGCCAUCGAACAGGAUCGUUUAUCAAGAUCCGCAGCAAACGUAUAACAUGCUUCUUCAGCACCGACUUCAACAACAGCAACAACAACAGCAGCAACAACAACAACAACAACAACAAUCGCAACAACAGCUCAUCCGUCAACUUUCCACCGAAGAGCCAAACCUCAUUGGUACCGGCAAUGGUACUUCUGGUGGAGGUGGCGUUACGUCCACUUCUACGACCGAUCCAGCAACUGUACAAACAGCUGUGGCAGCAGUCCCGCCGGUCACAUCAACAGCAGCAUCUACGUCCGGUGCUUCGACUGGCACUUCGGGGUCCUCCUCGUCCUCUUCUUCGUACAGCCCUUUUCAGUUUCCAUCGAUCUGGUCCCCGGCUAACAAUAUCGAUGUGUGGGCUGCCGCUACAGGAUCGCCCGAGGAAACAUAGGUGUUUUAGCGAUUGCGGGCCAGAAGAAGCUAUAUUUAAAGUUGAAGCUGAAUGCUCAUUACGUUUUAUGCUCGAUUUGUUAGAAUUGUGUUGGAAUUUUUCUCUCCCAUCCUUCCUCUUCCUUCACUUUAGUUUACUUUCUAAAACAUCUGGUUAUUAUAAAAGAAAAAAAACAGCAUAGGCAUGUAGGCAAACUAUUUGAAACACUAAAUUUCUGCUAUCAAUUUCUAAUUCCAUUGCUAAGCUUUUUUGAUGCUUAAAAUGGCCUUUUGAAAAUUCAAUGAACGUACGAAUCAUUGGACCUGCAGAAGUACAAUAGCAAAGAUUUGAAUGUGGAACACGUUUGUAACUUACAGAGGAUAGGAAGAAAAUCUUGCCUUCGCCAUUACUAAAGCGCACAAUCUGUUUUUCUUAAGUUUUGUUGUUUUUAACUUUACAAUUAGCUCUUACCGCCACACUGCACUAGGGUGUCAGCGAUAGGUACACUUUUACAAUUUCUAGGUUCUCUUUCUCGCAUUGCACCAGAAAUCUAAGAAAGAGUACGAAUUUUAGUUCGUUUAUUAAUUUACUUUACUUCUUUAUAUUUUCCUUUCUUUUUCAAAUCCAAGCUUGAUAUGUUUAUUUUGAGCUUUACUUUCCCAUGCAUCACUUUUUCUAACACGAAGUUUUUUUUUUGAUUGCGUUGCGUAAAUAAUUUGAAUUACAUUUGAAAUGAAACCAACAUGAAUCGGGCUUUGCCAAGCGGAAGAAGUGUGUUUUAUUGAGUGCUGCAGGAGAGGAUCGAAACUGGAAACGACUGUUUCAGGAUUGCUAUUACUGCUAAACGAGAUGGUGUUUGCUUACAAAUGUUCCGUUGGCAUCGAAUUUAACCGAUAGGAACAUUUACUUUCUUCGCCACACAAUUUACACUGUUGUUGCGCUAUGGAAAAAAAACUAAUGACGGAUGCGAAUGUUGUUGCAACCGAAAUGGUACAUGAUAUAAGUAAACAGCUAUAAGCAACAGGAGUAUUUCGAUAUCGAACAACUUAACUUAACGUUGGUGGUAUAAAAAGCAUGAAACGGACGGGAGGUUGAACAAACAAAAAUAUCUACAAAAUACAAUAUUACACACAGAACCAUAUACCAUACAUAUUUGCUGCUCGUAAGGCACGUGGCUAGAAACAAAAACCUGAUGAUAACUAUUACGCAUGAAGGACUAAACGAACAAAAAAAAAAACUCUCGAUUAAUGAUAUGAGGAUACGAACCGGCACGGCAGUGUACGGAUGAUGAUGAGAUGAUGAUUAAACCCGGACGAAUAAUGGGCCCUUGCCUCUAUGCAAACGGGCUACGAAACGAUUUGGAUGAAAUAAAAACGCAUGCACACAAAGGUGUGAAAAGAUGAAAUAAUCUGCAAACGAAA